AUGGCGGACUCAAUACUAGACAAGAUCCCCUUGCCGACUAUCGACCGGCCCUUUGGCGUACACCUAUGGCCCAUUUUCAGCAAGGCCUUCGAGGCCGUCGCUGGCUACCCGGCUGAGGAUUUCCACUUCGAGGUUGGCAAGACGCCCAUGUCGACCCUAAAGGAGACUGGUAUCUUCAUCGUCAUCUACUAUAUUAUAAUCUUUGGAGGCAGGGAGUUGAUGCGCAACCGCGAGCCCUUCAAGCUGCGGUCGCUCUUCCUGAUCCACAACUUCUACUUGACCUUUAUCAGCGGCGCUCUCCUGGCUCUCUUCAUUGAGCAGCUUGUUCCCACCAUUGCGAGGCGUGGCCUCUUUUUCGCCGUGUGCGACAAGGAGGGUGGUUGGACCCAACCACUGAUCGUGCUGUACUACCUUAACUACCUCACCAAGUACCUGGAACUGCUCGACACCGUCUUCUUGUUCCUCAAGAAGAAGCCCCUGACCUUCCUUCACUGCUACCACCAUGGAGCGACCGCUUUUCUUUGCUACACCCAGCUGAUCGGUUCGACCGCCGUUCAGUGGUCCGUCAUCACGCUGAACCUGAUGGUCCACGUCGUCAUGUACUGGUACUACUUCCAGAGCGCUCGUGGCAUCAAGAUCUGGUGGAAGGAGUGGAUCACCCGUCUCCAAAUCACACAGUUCGUCAUCGACCUGGGCUUCAUCUACUUUGCCUCGUACACGUACUUUACCUCCACCUACUGGCCCUGGUUGCCCAACGCGGGCCAGUGCGCCGGCGAGGAGUUUGCCGCAUUCGCCGGCAUUGCCAGCAUCUCGUCGUACCUGGUCCUUUUCAUCUCAUUCUACCUUGCAACCUACAAGAAGGAGCGCAAGCCUCCGACUGCUCGCAAGUCCCUGCGCCGCAUGUCGCAGGCGCCUCUGCCCGACCCCCACAGCCUCAUGGGCGCCGAAGGUGCUGGUACCCCGUCCAAGGCUGCCGUCAAUGGUUCCUCUACUGGUGCUAAGGCCAACGGAUCGUCCACCCCCCGCUCGCGCAAGGCCUAA